AUGGUUUUAAGAUUGCGGACGCGAGACAAUUCCGAUUUCCGCACCUACGUAACAAGGGCUAUAAGGGCGCCUCAAGUCAAAUCGCAACAGCUGAGCAACGUCAAGGGCGCUACGCUCCAGAUUCCAAAAGAAACCCAACUUCACUCUUUAUUCCAACACCAACAUUUUCCCUUUCUCUUCUCUACUUCUUUCUUUUUCAUCUUGCGAUGGAGAGCUACGACUUGUUCACGCCGCCAGUGGCCGGGUGGAACAAACAUUAUCAAGCUUUGGAUAUCCUCACACCCUGAUGUCGUCUAUCCGGGGUCUCCUAUUUCUGAAGGAAUGAGCACUUACUACUCUCAAGGAUUCGCAGAGUUGCAGAAGACUAACAGUUAUUCACCGGAACCGCCAUGCGUUCCAUGA